UACAGUAGUUCCAGUCAUGAACGCCCAUUAUAUCAGCAUCUGACCAGCAGCCGGUGAGUUCCUACACACACCCACUUCUCAUGAGAGCAGCUUCAUUUGCCUUGGCCAGCUAGAGCCUUUUUUAUUCCAUCAUAAAAGCUUGCCACCUGGACUUCUAACAAUGUUUGACACCUCGCAAUAUCCUUAUAACUGUUUUAACUAUGAUGGCGAUGGAUACCCUUCAUGUGGCUCAGAUGAAGAGAAGAAAGUGUGCCGACCGGCUUACAGUUACAUUGCACUAAUAGCAAUGGCUAUACAACAGAGUCCAGAGAACAAAGUUACCCUAUCAGGAAUCUACGAGUUCAUCAUGAAGAGAUUUCCUUAUUACAGAUCCAACCAGAGGGCUUGGCAAAACUCAAUUCGUCAUAACCUCUCUCUAAACAGCUGCUUCAUAAAGGUGCCCCGCACAGAAGGUAACGAGAAAGGAAAAGGUAAUUACUGGACAUUUGCCACGGGCUGCGAGUCCAUGCUGGAUCUCUUUGAAAAUGGCAACUUUCGCCGUCGCCGCCGCAGACGGAACUCGAAAAUGGGCCUCAAGGAGCCAGUCGAACCCUUUGUUGCCAUGGACACUCAUCAGGGUGCUGCAGUAAGAUCCAUGAAUUCAGAUUCUUUCUGCUCCGUGAACAAUAGUCACAGACCGGCCCAAAUCAACCCACCCCUCAGCAAACCUGAACCCGAGAUCAAAUUCAGCAUUGACUAUAUACUCUCCACACCGGACCCUCUACCUGGGUUCAGAGCCGCUAAUGGUGUAGCUAGAGCUGUGAUCCAUCAUCUGGAGCCACAACAUCUCAAUCUGCACUUCUGGACCAUGUAACCAUGACUAUUCAAUCUGAGAGAACAUAUUGGAUGCAAAUCAGUAAAUAUCCAGAUGUUAAAACAGUUUCAAAAAAGAGAGAAAAAAACUUAAGUAAUAAUUCACCCAAAAACCCAAGUGAUUUUUUUCCUUCUGUGGGACAAAAAAGGUGAAUUUUUGGAAGAAUAUCCUGGUCACUCUUAUCAAUGUGGAAAAAAGAAUGAAGACUGGGGCCUUUAAGCUACAAAAUGAAAAAAAAAAGAAAAAGGAUCAUAAAGUAUCAUAAAAGUGGUCAAUUAUUCAAAGCCUUCUGGAGCCAAGAUAGCGAUUAAAUGGCCAGGGUAUUCUUCAAAAAUUCACCUUUGAUGUAUUCCACAGAAGUCAGUCAACUGGGGUUGGAACGACAAGAGGGUGAGUUACUAACUACAGCAUUUUCAUUUGUGGGUGAACUAUUACUUUAAAGCUUCAAUAGCGUGCAUAGUCUUGUAAGUUUUCCUAUAUUGCAAAUUGGCUUGUAAUUAUGCACAUGCAGGAUGUUGUGUGCUUGUGCUCUUGUCGGCAGCUCUGCUCAAUUAAUGAUUCAUGUCAGCAAAAUUGCUAAAUAAGAAUACACGCAUAGAUAAAACAGUAAGUUAUAAGUAUAUAAUUAUUCAGUGAUUACUAAAAGGAGUUUAAGGUAUAUAUUAGCUGUAAAUUAUUAUACACUAUCUCAUCAAAAGAUUUUAAAACAGUGUGCACAGUCAAUCCUCACUUGGAAAGGGUCGCUUCGUAUAUUGGCAUGAAUUUUAGUCACUUUACAAUAUUUGGUAGUGAGCUGAGGAAAGCAUAUAGACAAAGGAGCUAAAUGGGGUGCACCAGUUUAUUUUGAUUAAAUUAAUCAUUCAGACUUUCAAUGGACCCUUUUCACAAACAGUGGUGACGCAUUUUUGUCCUAAUUAAGCAGCAUGAAUCUAGCAAACGUUUUUCUAUAUUUUUGAUUUUUAAAAUUAUUGAAUGGAAAUUUAUAACAUUAUUUGUGUUAUAUUACCCUGGAAUUAAUAUAAUAAUAAUAAUUAAAAAAAUAUAUUUUUUUUUAAAUUGUCAACACAGCUGCACUGAGGUUUCAAAUACAGCUGUUGAGGGAAUGAGAGUAAAUUUGGUAUCUUUCUCUCUUUAGACUCCCGUAAUCCACCACUCUCUAUUUUUCAUCUUCUAAGAAAGUGGUGGAUUUUUUCUUUUGCUGUUGAAACGAAUGGGAAUGCAAAAAUAUUUAUUCUGAUCUCCCAUGUACAGUUUACCUUGAUACAAUUCCACAUUCUAAACCUGGAAAACUAAAUCUUAUGCACACCUGAAGUGUUUUAGUGCUGCCCCAUUUUGUAGACAUGGAUAUGUAGUUAGUGUAGUGUUCCCAAACAAAUGUGCAAACAUAGCUAUGGGGUUAAUGUAAUCAGCAUUCCCUGCUUACUGCAGGAGUGCUGAAUGACUCUGUUGUUUACAUAUGUUGUUUAUAAUGUGUAUCAUUGGCCCUUGACAGUCUGUGAUCCGUAUCAAUCACUGAUAGACUGAGCAAAUGCUCCUCUGGGCAACACUUACUCUAGCUCUGGAGCCCUCCCAGGGAUGUUUAAUCAUCUUUUUGUUUUUGUUUUUAGGACUCUCUUUUUAUUUUCUCUUUAAAUGGUGGACAGUGCAAAGGUGAUUUCAGAAUUUGUCCAAUCUGUCUGCAUUUUGCAAUACAGUAGUUCAACUGAAAUCUAGUGUCAUCAGCCACAACAUUAAAACCACCUGUCUAAUAUUGUGUAGGUCCCCCUCGUGCCACCAAAGCAGCGCCAACCUGCAAUUCAGAAUAGCAUUCCGAGAUGAUAUUCUUCUCACCACAAUUGUACAGAGUGGUUAUCUGAGUUACCUUAGACUUUGUCAGUUCUAACCAGUCUAGCCAUUCUCCGUUGACCUCUCUCAUCAACAAGGCAUUUCCAUCCACAGAACUGCUGCACACUGGAUGUUUUUUUUGUUUUGGCACCAUUCAGAGUAAAUUCUACUGUUGUGCGUGAAAAUCCCAGGAGAUCAGCAGUUACAGAAAUACUACCAGCCCAUCUGGUACCAACAAUUAUCCAUGCGAUUAUCAAAUCAGCCAAUCAUGUUGCAGCAGUGCAGUGCAUACAAUCAUGCAUAUACGGUUCAGGAGCUUCAGUUAAUGUUCACAUCAACCAUCAGAAUGGGGAAAAAUGUGAUCUCACUAAUUUGGACUGUGGCACGAUUGUUGGCACUGUUUUGGCGGCAUGAGGGGUACUGACACAAUAUUAGGCAGAUGGUUUUAAUGUUGUGGCUGAUCGGUGUAUAUCCAUCAAUCUAGUGUCACUAUAGCUCUUGUAUUCUGCAACAUGGAUACCAAUCUUUUUUGCCAAUAGUUUUCAACCAGCCAUCCCUUUGGUGACCGAAAAGUUGUUAAAAAUACAUAUACAUAUAAAAUAUUUUAAAUAUAGCCAUGACAUUUGUUAAAUUAGGAGAAAGCAAUGCUAUGAUCUUUGCCAUUUUUGUUUGACUGCUAGUAUAAGGCAAUA